AUGUCGCCGGCGUUGACCGAUACCGGAGAUUUGUAUCUUCAUAAAGGUCAGAUUUUCAACACUCAAUCUUCAUAUAAUCUUUUAAAGCAGCAGAAAAUAUUUCCUGGGGUUCCAAUGGAUCACAAUAUUGGACAUACAGGUCAGGGUCAAGAUCCGAACCCGUCUCCUUUUGGGUCCUCUGCAAAGCUGCAAAAACCCAGAUUGUAUAAGAAGAAGUACAUGGGUUCUCAUAAGAAGGACCAACCUUUCAACCCUUUUAAGGGUUUUGUGGAAAAUCAAGAAAUGGACAUGGGUUUGGGGGUGGGGGGUAAUUUGGGGGUCGGGGGUAAUUUGGGGUAUUGGGGUAGUGGGGAUGUUGGUAAUAAAGGGUUUGUUUUUGGAGCUAGUAGAAUUAGUGGUAGUAAUGAUAAAAGUGGUCCGUUUGGAGCAAAUUCAAAUUCCAAUGUAGGGGAAGGAACAUUUCUUGUUGAUGAAAUGAGAAAACUGAAACUUGAAAGUGAGAAGAAAAUGAAUGUGAGUGGUGUAAACAACAAUGUGGUUAAUUCUGUUGCUGAUAAAGGAGGGUCUUUCGUGUUUACGGGUGGCGAUGUGAAACUUGAUGAAAUGGUAAGCAAGGAGAUGGAGAGCAAGUUAAAGAUCGAUAGUAAGGGAAAUGUUGACUCUGCACGGAAUGUAAAACCCGAGUUUAACAUGUUUGGUAGCUUGUCGAGUAGUGAAAAUGUUGAUAAUAAGUUUGGUGGGGGUGUAGGAGUUAAUCUCUUGAAUGAGAUGAACAAGUUGAAUAUCAAAGAAAGCAUUGAGAAUGACGUGAAGGACUAUGCCUAUAAGGAAAGAGGCUCUUUGGGUGGAAACUCCGAGACCUUGCUUCAUGAUAAGAUGAAAAACAUGCAUAUAAAUGAGAAUGUAAAGGUUGAUCCAAGUUCAAGUGACCCCAGUGGAAAUAUUGUUAAUAAACAUGAUAAUGUGAAUGACUCGGGUGUUGGAAGCAGAAGCAGAGGCCAUUUUGGUCAAACACAGACUGAUAUGCCUGCUUUCGCAGAUAAUGUGGAUAAAGGGAAGACUGAAUUUUCGGGCAAUACCAAUGCUGGUGGAAUUUCAGAUUCAAUUCCUUCAGGGUUCUCAUUUCAGGCUGCGACGCAGAAUAGUCCCUAUACUAAUCAGGUUGAAUUUAGUUUCACUACAAAGUCUGAUGUUAUGCUAAUGCAAAACUUUGGAUUUAAGACACCAACUGUUAAAGGAAGCUUAAAUAAGAAAGUUGAAACUAGAAGGGAAGCGACUAAAGACCCCAGAUACAAGAAAAAGAAAGGGAAACCUAAGCAAACACACUCAACUCCAGUGGACUUUGCUCAAGACUUUGCCUUCAGAGGAAGUUCAGAAGAGAAUGCCGAACCUUCCGAACCAUAUUCACCAAUGGAUAUUUCUCCGUAUCGUGAAGCACCAACAGAUAAUACAUUGUCAAGGGAAACUUCUUUGGCUUCCGAUGAGUCCUUUAGUCUGAAUGAGAAUUAUGGAUGUAGUGAUUCACGACCAGUGGUUGCAAAUGAUGUAACAGAUAAAGAUCUGGUAGAUGCAACAGAACGCAUGAAUAUCAAUGAAAAUGAUAUGACAUACAACGAAACAGAAGAAGUAAAAUCUGGACACUCUAUUCAUCAUGGUGAAGAUACAGGUGGUCCUUUUGAAGAGUCUAUAUCUGGGACUGAGACUGAAAGCUUCAAAUCUGCUACCGAGCAUUUAGAUUAUAGUACUGAUUCUUUCAUAACUGCAGCAGAUAAUGAAGUGACUUCCAAAUCAACAAUCGAGAGACAAGAUAGUGAUGGAGGAAGUCAGUUUAGUGUUACUUCAAAUUUUGAAGAGGGUUGCAUUGAGGGUAACUUCAUAUUUGGUGCAUCCUCUGUUACUCAAAAUCAGAUAGCAGCAGCAACACGGCAACAGAAGAAGAAAAAUCGAACGAAGCUCACCAAUGAAUCGUGUAGUUCAAUGUCAACUACACAAUUUUCUUACACAUCAUCACCAGUGCAAUUUUUGCAAGUUUCUGGAUCUCCUCUUUCAUCUCCCACCCAGGGUAAGAAAGGAUUUAUACCUGCUUUGACAAGCCAUAGCCAGGGAAAUGAUGAACCAGCUAAGGUGCAGAAGGUCAACCAUGAAACGGUUGCGGCAAGCAUGGCUGCUCAGGAAGCUUGUGAAAAAUGGCGAUUGAGGGGGAAUCAAGCCUAUGCAAAUGGGAACUUGUCCAAAGCUGAUGAAUUCUACACACAAGGACUGAACUGUGUGUCUGGAAGCGAGACAUCUAAGAGCUGUCUUCGGGCUUUAAUGUUAUGUUAUAGCAACCGUGCAGCAACCCGUAUGUCUCUUGGAAGAAUGAGAGAAGCACUUGAGGAUUGUAUGAAGGCUAUUGCAUUAGAUCCGAACUUUUUCAGGGUCCAAGUUCGAGCUGCAAACUGUUACCUUGCCCUUGGGGAAGUCGAAAAUGCAUCAAAGUUUUUCAUGAAGUGCUUGCAACAAGGGCCGGAGGUGUGUGCGGACAGAAAAAUAUUGGUGGAAGCUUCGGAGGGCUUGGAAAAGACACAGAGAGUAUCAGAAUGUAUGAAGCAGUGUGUGGAACUUCUGCAAAGGCGAAGGCAAAGUGAUGCAGACUUGGCCUUGGGUGCAAUCUCUGAGGCUUUGACAAUAAGCACCUAUUCGGAGAAACUUCUUGAAAUGAAAGCAGAUGCUCUUCUCUUGCUGAGGAGGUACGAAGAGGUGAUUCAGUUAUGUGAGAAGACACUUGAAUUUGCUAAGUCAAAUGCUCUGCCUUCUAAUUCCAGUUACCAGUCAUCGGAAUUAGAUAGUGCGGCCACAAAGAGAAGUGCUUCCUCUGGGAUCUGGUGUUUUUCUAAAAUAGUCAAGUCUUACUUUUAUCUUGGGAAGCUUGAAGAGGCUGACACUUUUAUGAAGAACCAAGAAAAAUCGAUGUGUCUAAUGGAAAGUAGUGGACUCAAGAAUUUGGAAGCUGUUGUUCCUUUAGCUGUAACAAUACGUGAGCUCUUGUGCCUCAAGGCUGCUGGAAAUGCGGCAUUCCAAUCAGGAAAGCAUGCAGAAGCUGUUGAGCAUUAUACUGCUGCAGUAUCAUGUAAUUUUGAGUCGCGGCCUUUCACUGCAAUAUGUUUCUGCAAUCGUGCUGCUGCAUACCGUGCUAUGGGUCAAAUUUCAGAUGCCAUUGCAGAUUGCAGCCUGGCAAUUGCCCUAGAUGGGAAUUAUGUGAAGGCACUUUCUAGACGGGCUUCUCUUUUUGAGAUGAUCAGAGAUUACGGACGAGCAGCUUCAGAUCUUCAGCGACUUGUAUCCCUUCUGACAAGGCAUAUGGAAAAUAAAGUUGGUGGAUCUGGAUCACAUAACAAAAUGAGUUUCAUAAGUGAGAUUCAGCGAACACAACAAAAGCUUUCGGCAAUGGAGGAAGAAGCCAGAAAGGAGAUCCCCUUGAACUUUUACCUCAUUUUGGGAGUUGAUUCAUCUGCUGGUGCAUCAGAAAUUAGGAAAGCCUAUAGAAAAGCUGCGCUCAAGCAUCACCCUGAUAAGGCUGGGCAAUCACUGGCUAGAAAUGACAAUGCGGAUGAUGGACUGUGGAAAGACAUAGCAGAAGAAGUCCACAGAGAUGCAGACAGGCUCUUUAAGAUGAUAGGCGAGGCCUAUGCAGUGCUUUCGGACUCUGCAAAGCGUUCACGUUAUGACCUUGAAGAAGAGAUGAGAAAUAGUCAAAGUAGAGGCAAUGAGAGCAGCACAUUCAGAACACACACGGAUUUUAACAAUUAUCCGUCUGAGAGAAGUGGAAGUAGACACCAGUGGGAAGAUGUGUGGAGAGCAUAUAAGAGUACCCAGCCCAGAGAGUCGGACAGAAAUAGAUCAAACUGGUAGUUGUGAUGAACUAGCUGUGCUUGAGCUUUCAUACAGUUCAAUCCAGCCACGUGUUCAGCAUUCUGCUUGCAUGUGUAGUCUGCUGUUAGCGCAGGAUGUGUGAGAACAUGUGUGAGAAAUGACAAAAGAAGAGGCGUGAAAUUUGUGGAUGAAGUAUUUUCAACAUACUGACACCUCACAUGUUACCAUUAUAAAAAAAAACAUUCUGACACCUCACACCUCUGCCUUUCAUAUUUGGCACUUCCUGACUAUUCAUUUGAGCAGAGAUGAACAAAAAGUUGUUACAUAAAACCUCGUUUGAGGAUUUCAAACAUUGGCGUAGCAACUUUGAGAGGGAUUCGAAUGUACAUCAAGCCGGACUCAUGCAUGCAAAAAUGUUUCGGCAACAAACGAGGAUAGCCUGCACGGAUGCUGUUGUAUAGUUAUCAGACAAUGUAUACAGACAUGCUAUAGAGACCAGCUCAACGGUUUGAGAAGGAUAUGACUGAUUUUUUCUAAAGUGAUAUUUGUAUCAUUUUCUGUUCCAGUUCAUUUCUGCAUUUAAAUUUUAGGCAAUACUUGUAAUUUUGUUUGUGUACAGAAGUGUGUGCUUGUAUUUGAAAUGUCGAAAGAAUGAUAGAGUGGUUUCUUUUUUUUCCUUUUCAUUUUCCUGAUUGUGGGUGGGGUUUUCUGUUGUUUGUAAUACACUAAAGUCAAUUCCUUUUGAGCAAUUUGAUAAUUAUUUGAUUUGUUUUUAGUCAA